AAGUAAUGUGUUAAAUCAAAUCUUUAUCAAACGUAUUAUUAUUAUUUUUUCUGUUCUGUGUGUGUUUCUAUAUGGAAAGGAGUGACCAUGACGUUAAAGAUUCCGAUCCAAGAAACGGUGAAAUUGGUUGGCUCUUUAAGAUUGUGUGGCAGGGAUAAGAGUGAACCAGUGGUGGUUAGAAAGAGAGAGAUGGUGACAGACGAGAAGGUCUAUGUAGCAGUGACAGGGAAAGAUCUUGAGAGCAAGUCUAGUCUCGUUUGGGCAAUACAGAACACCGGAGCUAGAGAGUUCUGCAUCGUCUAUGUUCAUCAACCGACGCGCAUCUCAGCCUCGGGAGCGAUGUUCCAAGAACAGAAACUGAGAAAAGAGAAGGAGAAAGCACAUAACAACCUGGACAAGUACCUUAACAUAUGCAGGCAAAUGCACGUCAAUGCGGAGAAGAUAUAUAUAGAAAUGGAUUCAGUAGAGGAAGGUAUCCUCCAAUUGAUUUCUCAGUGUGGAGUUAAGAAACUUGUCAUGGGAGCAGCAGCUGAUAGACGCUAUACAAUGACAAUGAAAGAUCUACGCUCCAAGAAAGCUAUUUGCAUCAGCAGAGAAGCGCCAGAUACUUGUCAUAUAUGGUUUACCUGCAAUGGAUACCUAAUAUGUACAAGAGAAGCUACAAGAAGAUACAAAGGUACAUCGUCAAGUUCUUUGACACAAACCGAAGCAACCAAAGGAACUGAAAGUGUUGCAAGUUCGAGUAUGGUGGCUAAAGAUGAUGUUCAGAUCCAAGUAGCUCUCAUAGAAGCUGCCACUUCAAAUAGGGAAACACGCUUAGAGGUGUCUAAGCGUAAAGAAGCUGAAAAAACUGCAUCUGAUGCAAUCAAAAGGGCUAAAGAAUCGGAGAAUGUGUAUCUCAUUGAGUUGAAGCGUAGGAAAGAAACAGAGAAAGCACUGAAGGAAACGAAAGAAGAGCUUGAGAAGAUGAGAUCAGAAGCCGAGACACGAACUGCCGAGUCUAAUAGGGUUAUUAGAAACCUCCAAGGAAAGUAUAGCUUAUCAAUGAAAGUGUUGAGGAGACUUAGAGAUGAACAAGAAGAGUUGAAGAGAGAGCUUAGCGAAGUAUUAAAGCUGAAGAGUAAGUGCAAGGAAGAGGAAGCGUCUCCCUCUAACUCUAAGGACCGUGAACCGCCUCAGUACUUCAUAUGUCCCAUUACGCAGGAUGUGAUGGAGGAUCCAUAUGUAGCAGCAGAUGGUUUUACAUAUGAAGGAGAGGCCAUACGUGGUUGGUUUAAUAGAGGACACGAGACUUCUCCGAUGACAAACAAAAGGCUUCCUCACACAAGCUUGGUUCCAAAUCUUGCUCUUCGAUCUGCAAUCCAAGAAUGGCUUCAAGCUUCAAGCUCCUGAAUCCUCUCUGUUCUGUACUUUUUGUAUUUUUUUUUUGGUAUGGUAUUGACUUUUGACGUUUUGUAAUAUUUGUGUCCUAUUCCUAUCACUGGCCGGUUGUUGUUGGUACUUGGUAUGAGUCAGUCAGUCUUCUGUAAUAUUCUUUUUUUCAUUAUGAUAUUGUAUUGUGAAAUCAUG